CUUACUGCGGGAUUUGAUAUUUGUUCCGAAACAUGGCAACCCAGAUAUUCUCGCGAUAUUUCAGCAGUGGGUCAAAAAACAGCAUGGCAGCGGUGGUGCUGGGGCAUUUUUGGAGAGGACUUUUACAAAAAUCGAGCAAUGGAGCAGUUGGGACAGCCAGGACGAAGGGAUUUCAGGGAUUUAGACAAAAAUCUACAAUACAAUAUAUAUCACGACCAGAUCAACCAAAGCUAGCGUAUCGUAAAGUAAAGGGAAAGAGUCCUGGUGUUGUCUUUUUACCAGGCUAUGCUUCAAACAUGAAUGGACAGAAGGCAGAAGCCCUUGAGGAGUUCUGCAAAUCACUGGGCCACGCCUACCUGAGGUUUGAUUACUCGGGCAAUGGAGCUUCUGAGGGCGUGUUCGCUGAAGGCACUAUUGGCACGUGGAAGAAAGAUGUCCUGUUCAUGUUAGAUGAGCUUGCUGAAGGGCCCCAGAUUCUCGUUGGAUCCAGUAUGGGUGCCUGGUUGAUGCUCCUGACUGCUAUCGCUCGCCCAGAGAAGACAAAAGCAUUGGUGGGCAUCUCCACAGCAGCAGAUUAUUUCGUUACAGCCUUUAAGACCCUUCCUAUAGAGGUUCGAAAAGAGUGUGAAGACAAGGGGGUUUGGACAGUCCCCACAAAAAGUAACGAGGAGGGCAUGUACACUGUGAGUAUGGACUUUUUACGUGAGGCAGAGAACCACUGCAUCCUGCAGAGCCCCAUCCCUAUCACCUGCCCUGUGCGUCUCAUUCACGGCCUGAAGGAUGAGGACGUGCCCUGGCACAUCUCUAUGCAGGUAGCCGAACGCCUGCUGAGCCCGGAUGUGGACGUAAUUCUACGCCGCCAUGGCCAGCACCGCAUGGCUGAAAAAGAUGACAUCAAACUUAUUGUCUACACCAUUGAUGACCUCAUUGACAAGCUUACCACCCUGGUGUAAUCCACGGUUUUGGAUGGGGCACCAAGCAACAAGCCUAAAAAUCCUCUCCCGUUUAAAAUUAUGCCAAUCUGCCUCUCCCCGUUUCGUCUUGGAAGAUGCAAAUGAGGAAAUAGAACUGUUGAAGGAAAAUGGGACGACUCUAAAACCCUUUAUGCCUUCCUAGUAAUUAUCUUUUACAUGUUUACUCAGUGCAAUCUAUGCCAUUUUGCCAACCUUUUGCUAAAGCUGCUGUGUUGUUACCAGUUACUGUAUUCUGUAGAUGAGCCAUUUGUUUUUUUACCAAAUUUCAAGUUUUAUGGAAAUAAAGCCUCUGUAUACCAA